UGUGACAUAGGAUAAUUGAAAAUAUUUUACGGAAACUACGAAGGAGUUAAAUGAGGGUUUUAAAUAUUUUACCUCCUUGUGCAGUAGUCAUGAUAUUACGUUAAGACUUUUAAGUCAUUGAAUACUUUCUUACCCGUUGUUUUGCCGCUGAUAUGGAAACACUGUAAUAGUACAAACAUAUUACUAUUUCAAAGUGAUAACAAAUAUGCAUGUAAGUUGCGUAAUCUGCAGUGACCUGUUCGUUGCAGCUGAUGAUACGUUCUGCACGCAGUGUGGUCACCUUUUUCAUUACCAGUGUUUGAUACAGUGGAUUGAAAGGUCUAAAUCAUGCCCACAGUGUCGAACAAAAACCACGGAAAAGAACAUUCAUAGAAUAUAUUUUAAUAUUCCAAAUGUUGAUGAAAAAUAUGAAGAUCCAAGUGUCCUGCACAAUAAAAUUGAUGGUCUACAUUUUCAGCUUCGUUUGAGAGAUACAGAUUUGAAAAAUUCUGAAGAAAAAAAUGUGAAAUUGGUUAAUCAGAAUGUGAUAUUGAAAGAAGAACUACUGCAGGCUCAACAAAAAUGCAAAAACUUAGAAAGAGAUAUUUUAACACUUAAAGAGCAAAUAAAAUUCAUGCGUGAUCAGACAAAGAAUGCUGAGCAGGCUCAGAAUGAUGCUAAGCAACUGAAAAGACAAUUGGAAUUCUUCAAAAGUGUUGAGAUGGUGGUUAAAGCUGCAGCAACAGAAGUAGAUGAAAUGCUGGGCAAUUUUGAUGGUACAUUUGACUCCUUUAAAAGAAUGAGUACUUAUGUUUCAGUUCUCAAAAGGGAAUUACAAGGUUCAACAGAGAAGAGGCGAAAUCUUCAAACACAAUUGAAAGAAUCUGAAAAAGAUUUGAAUUCAGCUCUAAAUGAGUUAAACCGUUUGAAGAAAGAACUGAGUUAUCAGGUGGAAAAGAACGCAUUAUUAACAGACGAUAUCAAACACCAGGAAGAAGAGAACAGAAGUCUACAGAAAAAGAUAAAAAAUCUUGAGGCAGCCAUAGUAUCACCUACAGCAUCUCAUCCUAGUCAGAGUGCUCUUAGGCGAUUUGUAACUGAAAGUCCAGCACCUAACACACUGAAGUUGUCUCACAACAUUAUUGAGAAGAGGAAGUCUACACUUGCUGAGGCUCAGGGAAGUACUGCAAAAGAGGAAGUGCCUUAUGGGGAACGUAUGACUUGUCCACAAAGUACAUUCGGUGAAGAGAAGUGUGAUGAUCCAAUGGAAAGUUGUCUGCAAAAUCAGGAGGAGGAGCCACAAAAAAAGACUCUGAAAUUGAAAUUUAACUGUGAAGAAACUGCUACAGAUUUGACUCCACUGAGAGGAAUUAAGUUCAGAACCAUUCCAGUGUGUAAUAAAUUCAGUAUUUUUAAAAAACCUAGAAGUGAAAGUACAGCUGAUGUAGUAGGAAGUAUAAAUUAUGAUAGUGAAGUAACGUAUGAUGGACAUGGAGGUCAUUCCAAAUUAGAUGAAUUUCCAAAACUUGGCCCGAAAUUCAGGCCAGAAAAAAGAACUAUGAAGAUACCUAUAGCACGAAUGAAGAAGAAAGCAGCAAGUUCAGAUAGUUUAAAACGCUAUGUAACAGGACUUCCUGACUGAUUUUCCUAAAUUCCUUUAAGUUAUUGUACAUUGUGUGCAGUUAAUAUUACAGGCAUCACAAUAGCAAAUUAAAUUUUUGCAACAAGUAGCCAAUAAAAAAUUGUAGCCAUUACACAGACAAAGCGCUAAACAUUAUGCAAGCGUCAUUUGAAAGUUCCCAGUACUAAGAGAUAUGAAUGGUACUGAGACGUUGAUGUUUGAUAUAGACCCAGUAAUGUGUCCAUUUAACGCUAAGAAUACUUUGGGGAUCAAGGUUGAUAUUCAUUAAAAUAAUGAACUUUGUGGUACUAAAAUAAUAAAUUUCUGCAGAGUGGAUGACUGAAAACUUCAUUACUAAAUAACUACUUUUUUUCAGUAGUCAUAUUGCACAUUUAACAAAAAAAAAAACAUUUAUUUGCAAUGUGGAUGAAUAGUACUUACGAACUCAGCAGCCUACAAGUUAAACAGGGAAAACAAUGUGCAAGAUUUAUUCUUCACAUAAGGCUUUGCGACGAAAGCUAUUAAAUCUUGUCUACUACAAUAUAUCCAUUGAGUGUAAGCUGUUGCAAUCAAUCACUGAAACAUCAGUCAUUUCAGAUAAACAAUUCUACUUUUUUUUUUUUUUUUUUACAAAUUGUAUGAUACAUAUGCAAUAUUUCCCGCAUCCCUCUUUCAUGUGUGAAUUUUCUGUGGGGAGUAGUGGCUACGAGACCUGCACAGUACAUAUAGUAAAAUUUGUGUUAAUCCAUUGAGUUUUAUGUUCUUGAUGGCAUUAAAUAAAUAUUUUGUAUAAAAGUU